UGGUUUGUGUCCUCCUCACCUCACCUGGUACUGUACAGGAACAAGCCUCCAUCUUCCCAGGGGAUCGAACAUUUGGCCCAGGCCCAUCUGUUGUGACGGUUGUUAGGUGCAUUUGUGUGUCUGAGGAACAUUUUGAACCGUCUUCAAAGUCAGUCAGUGUUGGAGAAUAUCGACAACACUUGUUAUCUGCUUAGCUUUUCCACCAGCUACUUGUCUCUGGCUGGUGAUUGUGGCUUGUCUUGGUGCUCAUAGCUCCUUGUGAUAAGCUCUCAAGAUGAGCGACAACGGUGCUGCUGAAAGGCGGGAGAGAAUGGAGGCGAGAACAGGAAAUUCCUCCUCCCCAUCGCCGAUCAGGCAGUCUAAAUAUUCUAGCCCUCGCCUGAGAGUGCUGGUAACCGGAGGUGCGGGAUUCAUUGGAUCGCACCUUGUCGACAGGCUUAUGCAAGCAGGCCAUAGGUUAUCGUGGCCGACAAUUCUUCACCGGGACUAAGGACAACAUCCGGCAGUGGAUCGGCCACCCAAACUUUGAAAUUAUUCGCCAUGAUGUCACGGAGACCCUUCUGGUGGAGGUGGAUCAGAUCUACCAUCUGGCGUGUCCCGCUUCGCCGAUCUUCUACAAGUAUAAUCCGGUGAAGACCAUUAAGACCAACGUGAUGGGUACACUGAACAUGCUCGGACUGGCGAAGCGAGUGGGAGCAAGGAUUCUCCUGACGUCAACGUCAGAGGUAUACGGCGAUCCCCUGGAGCACCCGCAGAAGAGACCUACUGGGGCAACGUCAACCCAUCGGCGUGCGGAGCUGCUACGACGAGGGCAAGCGAGUGGCGGAGACGCUCAUGUUUGACUACCACCGGCAACACGGCGUCGAGAUCCGAGUGGCGGCGCAUCUUCAACACCUACGGCCCUCGCAUGAACAUUGACGAUGGCCGCGUGGUCAGCAACUUCAUCGCCCAGGCCUUCAGGGGAGAGGAACUCACAGUGCAGGCUCCAGGCUCCCAGACCCGUAGCUUCUGCUACGUCGCUGACAUGGUGGACGGUCUGAUCAAGCUCAUGGAGGCCCUGUGACCGGCCCCAUCAACCUGGGGAACCCUGGUGAGUUCACCAUGCUAGAGCUGGCAGCUGCAGUCAAAGAGCUGAUUGAGCCAUCUGCCUCGUGGAAGAUUGUGGAGAACACCCCUGACGAUCCGCGCCAGCGCAAGCCAGACAUCACCAAGGCCAAGGAGAUCCUUGGAUGGGAGCCCAGAGUGACCCUGCGAGAAGGCCUGCCCUUGAUGGCUGAGGACUUCCGCCAGCGGCUCAACGUCACCUAAAAACAUCUCACUAAGCCAUUAUGGUGUAUUCUCCCAAGUGACUAGCCCCAAUGAAGACUUGACCCGUGAUAACAUAUUCUUUCUAUGCGUAUUCUCUCUAAUGCCAGCUGAGGGAUAGAAAUUGUCGGUUUUAGCGAAGGUUGGAACGUGAUGAAAUUUGGCCUAUAUUGGAAUAUAUUUAACUAUGGCUGGAUUUAAAUGAAUCUGGUUCAUGCAUAUAUCAAUGUCGCUUUUCAGCCCUGCUAGUAGCGUGAACCAGGCUUCGCUCCUCAGCGUCCCCGUUCAACACCUCAUCCAUUCGACCCACUUGCACUUCAGCUUUGUGAUUUCCUGCUGCCACGUCGAACGUUCGGAUUUUCCUGCUUAUCUGCAACGUGGCGUCACCUCAGCGCCUGAAUACGUGGCUUGAAGCUACCAGAGCCAUGGCGCUGCUUGCUCCCGCCGCGGCUGUCUUUGAGGCGGCUCUACCCGUGCCACGUGCGCCAGAACAGUGGCUCCAGCUUCACGCGUCGCUUCGCGUGGAUUGUUCCUCCUGCCCGUGCGAUCUCGAGGCGCAUUUACAAAGCGCUCGUUCUCCAUAGUACGCGCCGCGGCUCAGCAGCCGGAGACACAGCAAGCAGAGGGCGCCGCGAGCCCAGCAGUGGGUGACGGCAGCAUCAGCGACGUUGACGUCAGCAAAGAAAUCUCCAAGGCGGUGAAGAAGACGGCGACCACCUUCGCCCCGCGCGCGUCCACCAAGUCCAAGAACCCAGCGGUGCCGGGCUCCGCCCUGUACACCAUCUUCGAGGUGCAGGCGUACCUCUGCAUGGCGCUGGGCGGGCUGCUCUCCUACAACUCUCGUUUCCCCUCUGACGAGCCCGACCUCUGGCGGCUCAUGGGCAUGUGGUCCAUCUGGAUGUUCACCAUCCCGUCCCUGCGGGCGCGCGACUGCAGUGAGAACGAGAAGACAGCUCUCAAUUACCUCUUCCUCGUCGUGCUCUAGUCAACGUCACCCUGCCGCUCGUCUGGAAGUCCUUUGCUGCCGUAUGGUCCGCGGAUGUCAUUGUCUUUGCACUCUUCUACGCCUGGAAGCUGGAGUGGUUCACAAAGAAGAGCUCCGAUUCGGAUUCAUAGGGCAGAAGACACAUGUUACAGCGUUACGGCGUUACAGGGUACACGCACCUUCGUCGUCACGCGACGACGUCCGUGUCUUGGUAGUACUAGUAUCCCAUGGGAAUCCCGUCAGCAGCAGCUAACAAUCCUAGGAGUAGCAUCAGCCCAGCAGCUUUAGUGGUGAAUCUCCAUACCGCAGAGGGACCUGUUUUCCAGUGCUUGGUUCGUUGGCGCUCGCUCGUUUGUUCUAGUCUCUGUUUGGGUAUUCGUUUUCCAUGCCAAAAUGCCUUUCUUUUCUCGUUGGAGCUUUCUAGAAACCAAGGCAAUGGGCAUCGCCAACUCGCAGCGUUGCCCUAUCAUGCUCUUCAUGCGUUUACAUUUACAACCUGUCAUGGCUGGCAGGUUUAUUUACAAGUCAGGCAACAUGUACUGUAAUGUCAACUUAUACUUAUUAUCU